AUGGACACACCGCCCAUGGCCGGCGCUGCCGGGGAUUCCACUGCGGCCGCUGCCACAGCCGGGCUCCCGUACACCAAGCUGCUGGCCGCCGUUUUCGUCGCCGCCCUUGCCUACCGGCUCCUCGGCAGUCCCAGGAAGGACCGGGUCAUGCCCGUCUGGGUCCCCAUCGAAAUCUUUGUCGCGAGCACGUGUCUGGUGGCUGAUGGAGUGGCGCUGAAGCUGCUAUCUCUUGUCCGCCGCUACGGCGGUUCUCUGUUUGGAAUCACCUCGCAGCACCAGGUCAUCCACAACCUGAAGGGCGUCGAGCGCCUGUUUGCUGCCCCGUUCCAUACCCUGGACCAUGAACCUGUUGGAUACACCAUCACGGUCCGUGUCUUCGGCGGCGAAGACUGCAAGGAGAUGCGUGAUGCCAUGGACCGGUGUCAGAAGGACCUUUUUGCCGCCGUCGAGAAGGGCUUCGUGAACGAAUCUGCGUCCUUGGCAUCAAUCCAAAAAGCAGACGUCGGCUCCAGAACCUACAGCUUCAUCACUUUUUCCUCCAAUGCUGAUCAUCUCAACCCGUGGGAGCGGGCUGCAGACCACAAGUUGAUCCAACCCGAAUCCUCGACCGAGCCAGGAGUUGUGGAAGUUGGCCUCGAGAACCUGAUCCGCAACUACGGCACCGCCAUCGCCAUCCCGCUGCUUUACGGCUCCGAUUUCCUGCAGCGCAACCCCCGACUCAUCGAGGACUUUUGGAAAUUCGACAACGUAGUAUUCCCGCUCCGCAUGGUCGGCAUCCCGGAAUGGGCCCCCAUCAAGUCGCUAAAAGAAGGCCUCGCCGCGCGGACCCGGGUUCUCGAAGCCUUGCUGUCGCUGUACGAGCGCAUCGACAAGCACAUCAGGGGCGAUGAGUCCCUCGACUGUGACAUGUCGGAUGUGAGCCAAGUCGCCCUCGAUCGAUGCAAGUCGUACAUGGCAAACGACGUCUCGUUCCGGCACCGAGCCGACAUCGACAUGGGCCUGCUCUGGGGCCAGAAUGCCAACACGCAGCCGCUAAUUUACUGGUUCGUCGUCUACGUCUACGCGACGCCGGGCCUGCUCGAGGCCAUUCGCGAGGAAAUGGCCCCCUACGUUCAGCUCACCACCGACGGCUCUACGCACCACGCACGCAUCAGCAAGAUCGACUACUCCGGGCUGUCGCGCGACUGCCCCCUGCUGAAGAGUGCCUACCUCGAGACGUUCCGUCACGCCAACGAGCCGUCCUGCUUGCGCUACGUUGGCCGCGACCUCAGCAUUGCCGAUGGUGAGCAGACGCACCACCUGGCUCAGGGCACAUGGAUCACGGUGCCUCUCGCCAUCAACCAGCGCAGCGCCGCCGUCUACGCCGACCCGACCAAGUUCGCGCCCGACCGCUUCAUCGAAACGGACGAGGCCACAGGCAAGCGUGUCGCGCGCUAUGGUAAGCUCAAGCCCUGGGGCAUGGGCACUGGCAUAUGCAAGGGCAGAACAUUCGCCGAGAAGGAGAUCCUGGGCGUCGUGGCGUCGGUGGUGAGUCUGUGGGACUUCGAGCCGGCCGACGGUUCGGCGUGGAGAGUGCCAGAUAUGAAGCCCGGGACGGGCGUGAUGAGGCCGGUGAACGACAUUAGGAUCAGGGCGAAGAGGAGGGUGGUUUCUUGA